UGAGGCCAACGAUGUGAAAGCAAUUUCUGAUCAACUCUUACAAGGUCCACUCGUUCUUAUUUUAUAGGAGCAUAAAUGGCUUCAACUGUUAAGGGCUAAGAGUGGACAGAUAUCUAUAUUCUAUGAAAGAAGGACAAAAAAACAAACAAAAAAAUUUCUCCUCAAAGCAGUGGUUACUUGAAUGUGUUUUGAUGCAUGUUCCAUAACUGUAAACUGAGAAAAGGCUAUGGCAGGGAGUCAAAAGGAAAUCACUUUGUAUAUACUGCAUGAAUUCAAACCACCACCAUCAAAUAUUACAUUCAAUAAUGGGAUGAAAAUGAAAAAUGUAUGCAACGUGUGGUCUAUAAUAAAGGGUAAAGGUAUAUUUUCAGUGCCAUGCACCUGUUACCCUUCAUCCAUCAUGAUAUCAGAUACUGCACUUAAGCUAUACCGCUGCCCCUCACAAUCAGAGAGAAAAAAUCCAGUCAAGAAUUUCACAGGGUUAUCUUUGUCCUCAAGGCCAAAGGAGAGGGAACAAUGCCAUGACGACACCAUGAGACAAAGGGUGUAGACCUAGCUGGGCACAACAGUGAUGAGUGAUAAUUCAAAGUCCCUGACCUUAGCUCUCACUCUACAACAGCUGCCACACUUGUCUCAGCAGAGGCUGUAGAAAUUUCUCCUUCACAUGACUGACCUUCACUGAACUUUAUCUUUUUGAUUAAGAGUGUUAACAUGGCAAGUCCAGAGCUGCUCUCAAAGCACAAUGUUUGAAGAGCUAAUCGUAUAAAGACAUUAAUCUUUCUUGUCUAUCACCCGUCUGUUUGAGAUUUAGAAGAGAAACACUGAAUCGACUGGUGCUCUAAGGAGGAAAGGAAGAAUCACAGAAAUGGAUUCUGUUUUUUCUCCACAAUGUGAAUUUAAAUUGGCUGUUUGAAACCUUGCCAUGUUUUAGUUUUUCCAGUUUUCAUUAUCUUACCCAAAUCAAAAUAUACUGCAUAACCAUAACAGGUUAAUAUUAUAAGCUCACCAGUUCAUUCCAUUCAUCAUUAAAACAUAAUAAUUAACCUUACUUCACAAAACAAGACAGGGUUUAACACAAUUUGAAUUAAACAUUUAAAUGGCCUUUCAGAGAAUUACUCUUUAAUAUGUAAAAUACUAAAUAAAAGUAUAAUAUAUAAAAUAGAAGUCAAAAACUACAAAGCUAAAUACUGAAACAAUAAAAUCACUUGAGACUUAAUUGAAUGAAGUCAGUAGCUAGUGAGACAUUAUAUAAAUAAAACAACCUGUUAUAAUUUAUCUGAAUAAAAGAAGAGUCACUUGAUAUCAAGCCUGUCCCUGACCCCCCCCCCUCUUCCCCACCCCUUUUAUUGUACCAUGUAUUGUCCUCCCCUUGUUUGUCACAAGGUGAAAGCAACAAAUAGCAGCAGUGAAUCCUUUCUCCAAAAAUUCAUCCCAUAUUUGGUGGAUAAACAACCUUUAUUAGUGGAGGGACGGCUGUUGCAGACACGGGGCUGCAUCUCUUCAUUCGAUUUAAGUUGAGAGUCAAAGGUAAGCAAAACAGUUAUAUCUGGGGUAUGGUGAAGUAAAUAGAAAAUGUUUUGUGUAAUUUUAAGUAAUAUAUUUCACAUGUAAAUCAUGUUCUUUGCUGGUGUGAACACAUGGUAAUAGUAUGGUAGUUGUAAUGCAAUAAUGUUUUUUUCUGUAACCUGAUUUGAACAGCAAGAUCCUGACUGACCAUCGUUUCCUUUGAACACCAACCAACCCCAGGUAGAAGCCACUUUUGAUUCUAUCUGAGAAGUCUUAAAUCAUGAUGACCAUACCCUCAACUUUAGUCAGGACUUACAGUCAAUGUUGUUUAUGUACAGUUGUUGAAGUUCAACUGAGACAUGAUUUAAAAGUCAGUUGCAUACUAAAAAGACAGUUUAUACUUGCACUGUAGUACUGUGCUGGUAACUUGUCAUUAUUGCACAUGUGGUGUGCUGAUGGCGAAUGUAUUGCAUGAAAAGUUAUGACAUAAGUCCUGUUGUACACACUGUGUAAUAAAUCUGAAUGCUGCCUAUACCGGUAUGUUAAUAGUAACACUGUCAUCAUUCAUGGCUCAACAUUUGUAAAUUUGUAACAGGUUAAAAAAUGGGUGACGCCGCCAUGAAAGAGUUUGGGACAGCUGCUUCUUUUCUAAGAAAGUCAGACAAGGAGCGUCUGGAGGCCCAGACUCGUCCAUUUGACAUGAAGAAGGAAUGUUUCGUUCCUGACCCACAGGUUGAGUACGUCAGAGCUUCCAUCACAAGUCGUGACGGUGACAAAGUCACUGCUCAAACUGAAUUUGGAAAGACUGUGACAGUGAAGGAGUGUGAUAUACACCCUCAAAACCCACCAAAGUUUGAUAAAAUUGAAGACAUGGCGAUGUUCACCUUCCUCCAUGAGCCUGCUGUGCUGUUUAACCUCAAAGAGCGUUAUGCAGCAUGGAUGAUUUACACCUACUCUGGGCUCUUCUGUGUGACUGUCAACCCCUACAAGUGGCUGCCAGUCUACAACCAAGAGGUGGUUGUUGCCUACAGAGGAAAGAAGAGGAGUGAAGCUCCUCCUCAUAUCUUCUCCAUCUCUGACAAUGCCUACCAGUACAUGCUGACAGGUAAAACAUCUAUUUUAGCCUUCAUUUUGUUCAAAAGCUCUGAUGUCAUUCCAUUUUUCACUGAUAAUUUGAAAAUCUCUUCUGCUGACAGACAGAGAAAACCAGUCAAUCCUUAUCACGUAAGUUACACAGAGGAAAAAAAAAAAAUCUCUCCAGUAGUUAAUGGUUAUGGAACUUGGACUAAAACUUUCUGUCUCUCUUUCAGUGGAGAAUCUGGUGCUGGAAAGACUGUAAACACCAAGCGUGUCAUUCAGUACUUUGCCAGCAUUGCUGCUGCUCCGGGUGCGAAGAAAGACCAAGCUGCUGAAAAGAAGGGUACCCUGGAGGAUCAAAUCAUUCAGGCUAACCCUGCUCUGGAGGCCUUUGGGAAUGCCAAGACCAUCAGGAAUGACAACUCCUCCAGAUUUGGUAAAUUUAUCCGCAUUCAUUUUGACAACCGAGGAAAGCUGGCCUCUGCUGAUAUUGAAACUUACCUCCUGGAGAAGUCUCGUGUGACCUUCCAGCUCAAAGCUGAGAGGGACUACCACAUUUUCUACCAGAUCUUGUCUCAGCAAAAGCCAGAACUUCUGGAAAUGUUGCUUAUUACCAACAACCCCUAUGACUACGCCUUCAUCUCCCAAGGAGAGACGACAGUAGCCUCCAUCAAUGAUUCUGAAGAGCUGAUGGCCACUGAUGACGCCUUUGAUGUGCUGGGUUUCACUCAAGAGGAGAAGAAUGGCAUUUACAAGCUGACUGGUGCCAUCAUGCAUCAUGGCAAUAUGAAGUUCAAGCAGAAGCAGCGAGAGGAACAGGCUGAGGCUGAUGGCACUGAAGUUGCUGACAAAGUUGCAUAUCUGAUGGGCCUGAACUCUGCCGACCUCAUCAAAGGUCUCUGUCACCCUAAAGUCAAAGUAGGAAAUGAGUGGGUCACCAAGGGACAAAAUGUCGCUCAGGUAUACUAUGCGGUGGGUGCACUGUCUAAGUCAGUAUAUGAGAAGAUGUUUCUGUGGAUGGUGGUGAGAAUUAACCAGUCCCUGGACACCAAGCAGCCCCGUCAGUACUUCAUUGGUGUACUGGACAUUGCUGGAUUUGAGAUCUUUGAUUUCAACACCUUUGAGCAGCUGUGCAUCAACUUCACCAAUGAAAAACUGCAACAGUUUUUCAACCACCACAUGUUUGUGCUGGAGCAGGAAGAGUACAAGAAAGAGGGCAUUGAAUGGACUUUCAUAGAUUUUGGGAUGGACUUGCAGGCCUGCAUUGACCUGAUUGAAAAGCCCAUGGGUAUCAUGUCCAUCCUUGAAGAGGAGUGCAUGUUCCCCAAAGCUUCUGAUACCACCUUUAAAGCUAAGCUCUAUGACAACCAUCUGGGGAAAUCUGCCAAUUUCCAGAAGCCCAGAAUUGUCAAAGGGAAAGCAGAGGCCCAUUUUGCCCUGAUGCACUAUGCUGGAACUGUUGAUUAUAAUAUCAACAACUGGCUGGUGAAGAACAAGGAUCCUCUGAAUGAGACCGUUGUUGGACUCUACCAGAAGUCUAAUCUCAAGCUGUUAGCUACCCUCUUUGCAAAUUAUGCAGGAGCUGAUUCAGCUGAAGGUGGAAAAGGCAAAGGAGGAAGCAAGAAGAAGGGUUCAUCCUUCCAAACUGUGUCUGCCUUGCACAGGGAGAACCUGAACAAGCUGAUGACCAACUUGAGGUCGACUCACCCUCACUUUGUACGCUGCAUCAUCCCCAAUGAGACCAAAACUCCUGGGGCCAUGGAGAACCCUCUGGUGAUGCACCAGCUACGCUGUAACGGUGUGCUGGAAGGCAUCAGGAUCUGCAGAAAGGGCUUCCCAAACAGGAUCCUCUACGGAGAUUUCAAACAGAGAUACCGCAUCUUGAAUCCAAGUGCUAUCCCUGAAGGACAGUUCAUUGAUAACAAAAAAGCUUCAGAGAAGCUUUUGGGCUCCCUGGAUAUAGACCAUACUCAGUACAGACUCGGACACACCAAGGUGUUCUUUAAAGCUGGGCUGCUUGGUCUGCUAGAGGAGAUGAGAGAUGACCGCUUAGCUCUCAUCAUCACCAGGAUCCAGGCAAGGUCACGAGGUGUUCUGGCAAGAAUUGAAUUCCAGAAAAUUGUAGAACGCAGGGACGCACUACUUGUGAUCCAGUGGAACAUCCGUGCCUUCAUGGGGGUCAAAAAUUGGCCCUGGAUGAAGCUGUACUUCAAGAUUAAACCUCUAUUGAAAUCAGCAGAGACUGAAAAGGAGAUGGCCAACAUGAAGGAAGAGUUUGCCAAACUAAAAGAGGCUUACGCAAAAUCUGAAGCCCGCAAGAAGGAACUCGAAGAAAAAAUGGUCUCUCUUCUCCAAGAGAAGAAUGACCUGCAGCUUCAAGUUCAAUCUGAGCAAGAUAAUCUGUGUGAUGCUGAAGAAAGAUGCGAGGGGCUGAUCAAGAGCAAGAUCCAGCUGGAGGCAAAAAUCAAAGAGCUGUCAGAGAGACUAGAGGAUGAGGAGGAGUUGAAUGCUGAACUGACUGCUAAGAAGAGGAAACUGGAGGAUGAGUGCUCUGAGCUGAAGAAAGACAUUGAUGACUUAGAGUUAACUCUGGCUAAAGUGGAGAAAGAGAAGCACGCCACUGAGAACAAGGUGAAGAACCUGGUCGAAGAGAUGGCUGCUCAGGAUGAAAUCAUUGCUAAGUUGACAAAGGAAAAGAAAGCCUUACAGGAAGCUCAUCAGCAAACACUGGAUGAUCUGCAGAGUGAAGAAGACAAAGUCAAUACUCUGACGAAGGCCAAGGUUAAGCUGGAGCAGCAAGUUGAUGAUCUUGAAGGGUCCCUAGAGCAAGAGAAGAAAGUACGCAUGGAUCUUGAGAGAGCAAAACGAAAGCUUGAGGGAGACCUGAAGUUAGCUCAUGAGUGUGUCAUGGACCUGGAAAAUGACAAGCAGCAACUCGAAGAGAGGCUGAAAAAGAAAGAUUUUGAAAUCAGCCAACUCAAUGGCAAAAUAGAAGAUGAACAAGUGAUGAGUGCCCAGCUCCAGAAAAAAUUGAAGGAGUUACAGGCCCGCAUUGAGGAGCUGGAGGAAGAGCUUGAGGCAGAACGAGCUGCCCGAGCCAAGGUGGAGAAGCAGAGAGCAGACUUGUCCAGAGAGCUGGAGGAGAUCAGUGAGAGGUUGGAGGAGGCUGGUGGAGCAACAACUGUCCAGAUUGAGAUGAACAAGAAGAGGGAGGCUGAGUUCCAGAAACUCCGCAGAGACCUUGAAGAGGCCACUCUGCAGCAUGAAGCCACUGCUGCCACUCUCAGGAAGAAACAAGCUGACAGUGUUGCUGAUCUGGGAGAGCAGAUCGACAACCUGCAGAGAGUCAAGCAGAAACUGGAGAAGGAGAAGAGUGAGCUCAGACUGGAGCUGGAUGAUGUCGUCUCCAAUAUGGAGCAGAUUGUUAAGACAAAGAACAAUUUGGAGAAAAUGUGCCGGUCUCUGGAAGACCAGAUGAAUGAAUAUAAAACAAGGGCAGAGGAAGGACAGCGUACCAUCAAUGACUUCACCAUGCAGAAAGCAAAGCUUCAGACUGAGAAUGGUGAACUUUCAAGGAGGCUUGAGGAAAAGGAUUCCCUGGUGUCUCAACUAACCAGAGGAAAACAGUCCUACACUCAACAACUUGAAGACCUAAAAAGACAGCUAGAGGAGGAAGUCAAGGCCAAGAAUGCUUUAGCCCAUGCAGUGCAGUCUGCACGUCAUGACUGUGACCUGCUCAGGGAGCAGUAUGAGGAGGAGCAGGAGGCCAAGGCUGAACUUCAGCGCAGCAUGUCCAAGGCCAACUCUGAGGUGGCUCAGUGGAGAACUAAGUACGAAACUGAUGCCAUCCAGAGAACUGAGGAACUAGAGGAGGCUAAAAAGAAGCUGGCUCAGCGUCUGCAGGAGGCCGAGGAGGCUGUUGAAGCAGUGAAUGCUAAAUGUUCCUCUCUGGAGAAGACCAAACACAGGCUGCAGAAUGAGAUUGAAGAUCUCAUGGUGGAUGUGGAGAGGUCUAAUGCUGCUGCUGCUGCUCUGGACAAGAAGCAAAGAAACUUUGACAAGAUCUUGGCAGAAUGGAAACAGAAGUAUGAAGAGUCUCAAACAGAGCUGGAGAGCUCUCAGAAGGAAGCCAGGUCUCUGAGCACUGAGCUCUUCAAACUAAAGAACUCCUAUGAAGAAUCUCUUGAACAUCUGGAGACCAUGAAGAGAGAGAAUAAGAAUCUGCAGGAGGAAAUAUCUGACCUCACUGAGCAAAUUGGUGAGAGUGGAAAGAGCAUUCAUGAACUUGAGAAGAUGCGAAAACAAUUGGAACAAGAGAAGUCUGAGAUACAAACAGCCCUGGAGGAAGCAGAGGCCUCACUGGAGCAUGAGGAAGGGAAGAUUCUCAGAGCCCAGCUUGAGUUUAACCAGAUUAAGGCUGAUAUUGAGCGCAAGCUGUCUGAAAAAGAUGAAGAGAUGGAGCAAGCAAAGAGAAACCAACAGCGUAUGGUGGAUACUCUUCAGAGCUCUCUUGAGGCCGAGACUCGAAGCAGGAAUGAGGCCCUCCGUUUGAAGAAGAAGAUGGAGGGAGACCUCAAUGAGAUGGAGAUUCAGCUGAGCCAGGCCAACAGGCAGGCAUCCGAGGCUCAGAAACAACUUAAGGCUGUUCAUGCACAUCUGAAGGAUGCUCAACUCCAGCUCGAUGACUCUCUUCGAGCCAAUGAUGAUCUAAAGGAAAACAUUGCUAUCGUUGAGAGACGCAACAACCUGCUUCAGGCCGAAGUGGAGGAGCUCAGGGCUGCUCUGGAGCAAGCUGAGAGAAGUCGCAAACUUGCUGAGCAAGAGCUGCUGGACGUUAGUGAAAGGGUGCAGCUACUGCACUCACAGAAUACUAGUCUGAUAAAUCAAAAGAAGAAGCUGGAGGCUGAUACUGCCCAGCUUCAGACUGAAGUAGAAGAUGCAGUACAAGAGUGCAGAAAUGCUGAAGAGAAGGCCAAGAAGGCCAUUACUGAUGCUGCCAUGAUGGCAGAGGAGCUGAAGAAAGAGCAGGACACCAGUGCUCACCUGGAGCGUAUGAAGAAGAACAUGGAGCAAACCAUCAAAGACCUGCAGCACCGUCUGGAUGAAGCUGAACAGAUCGCCAUGAAGGGAGGAAGAAAGCAGUUGCAGAAGCUCGAGGCCAGGGUCAAGGAACUUGAAAAUGAGGUGGAAAAUGAACAAAAAAAGGCCAGUGAGGCUUACAAGGGAGUGAAAAAGUAUGAAAGACGUAUCAAGGAGAUUACCUAUCAGUCAGAAGAAGACCGAAAAAAUCUAGUACGUCUUCAAGAUUUGGUGGACAAGCUGCAGCUUAAGGUCAAAUCCUAUAAGAGGGCUUCGGAAGAGGCUGAGGAACAGGCCAACAAUAAUCUAACCAAGUAUCGCAAGAUUCAACAUGAGCUUGAUGAAGCCGAAGAGAGGGCCGACAUCGCCGAGUCUCAGGUCAACAAGCUACGUGCCAAGAGCCGUGAGGUGGGGUUAAAGAGAGGACUUGAUGGAGAGUGAAGUUUCCUCAAAAAAGAUCAGUUUCUGAGGCACCUGCUGCCUGGUGUCUCCCUAAGCAUGUCUUGUUCAGUAGAAUAAAUGUAAUGUG